GGGUCAAAUGGCAAUAGUCGCAUUCUCUUCUCCUCCAAGGUUGGGGUUCGAACUCAACCUUUGUAAAAAUUUUUGAUGAAAUUUAAAAUACCUUGGUUUACAUGUUUUUAAACUGAUUUUAGGGUUUUCUCUGAAUGACGGUCCCCUCGCCUCCUGACCCCCCGCCUUUGGCGAACGACUCAUCGCCUCCUACGCCUUUAUCGCUUCUUGAAUCUGCCCUUCAUGCGCAAAGCAAUCCACCUUUGCCAAUUGGUGCUAUUCCUGCAGUCAGUCUGGAUGAGGAAAAUUUGUCUCCGGUACCAAAACCCAAGUCAUUUCGAGACACUUUAAUGGAUGGUGAUGCCUCUCAAUCCCCGCCUUUGAUAACAUUGGAAGAAUUAAUAGCGGCUGAGGCGGCGAUGGAUAUGACAAUACCGAUGGCAGAGGAUGGUACUAGUCUGGGUGUGGCUAAGAUCCCCAAGGUUAGGAUACCAAAGGAGAUAUGGCAGAGGCUGUGCACCCCUUUCAAGAACGCGGCCAUUAUCAAACUGCUGGGGAAAUCUGUUCACUUUCAUGUGCUUCGAGCAAGAUUGUUAAAGGAAUGGCAUACUGAGCAUGAAUAUGACUUCAUUGAUAUUGGGCUGGGAUACUAUAUUAUUAAGUUUGGUUCGCCUGAAGAUAGGAUGAAGGUUCUUACUGGGGGUCCAUAUAGAAUAUUUGAUCAUUACUUGACAGUCCAACCUUGGGACCCUAGUUUUCAACCUGCCAGUGCAAAGGCUCCAAAAACUGCCGUUUGGGUUAAAUUGCAUGGUGUUCCUACGAUGUGUUACCACGAAGCAAUGGUCCUUUACUUGGCUAGGAAGUUGGGGAAUCCACUCAAGGUUGAUAACCUAACUUUAUUAGCAACCAAAGGCAAAUUUGCAAGGGUGUGUGUGGAGGUCGAUUUAAGCCAGAGAUUACCGUCCACGGUUGAUCUUGACUUAGAGGAUCUACCCCAGUCACUUAUUUUAGUUGAAUAUGAGGGGCUUCAUAAGAUUUGUUUUCAUUGCGGAGAAUAUGGCCAUAAAGAAGAUUCAUGUUGUCUUAAAAACCCAAUACCAGUUGAUGAUAAGGAAGGAGGUGUUUCAGCAACCAUCGCCGGUGGUGGUGGCCUUGCGAAGACCAUUGUUGCUCUCAGCCAAACUCUAAAACCGAAAACUACGAAAAAUGAUAUGGUGUAUGGCCCGUGGAUGAUUGCUACACGUAAACCUCGAAGGCAUACCCAAUCUAGAGUCAUGGUUAGUGAUACUAAUCCUGUUUCUACACUGAGACUGGAAAAAGUGCAGAGGAAUAAUGCAAGAAUAGGGGCAGAUAAAAAUAAACAAGGGAAGGAACUACGUGGAAAAUCACAUGAUCAACAAGAUUCUAGUAAUCGAUUUGCGAUUAUCUCAGAUAUAAUGGAGGAGAAUACGGAGUUAUUGGGUAAGGAAGAUCUGCAUGUAGUUAAGCAGCUUGUUACGCCCGUAAAAGUGGAAAAAUUGCAGACACCAAAUGUUGUUGUAGAAAAUAAUUCGGCUCUUGAAUCAAUACCCCUUAGCCAACCAGUCUUGCCAGGCCCCAGCACAGUUGUGUUAUCUCAGCCCGUUAAGGCAACUAAACUACAAGCCAAACAAUCAAAGGCCAAGGCUCAAAAAACUAAGUCUAAGCCUUUGCGGCCAAUAUCAAAAAUUGCUAAAUCCUCUUCCUCAAAACCUAUUGAGACAAUGUCUGUGGGGAAGAAGCAUACUGUUGCUAAUCUGGAAUGGCAACCCAGAGAGAAUGGCCACCCUGCUUCUCCUAUACCUCUUACUAGUCCAUUGCCCACAACAUACCAAAUGAAUUCUUCUCAACAAGUAAUGGAUGGUGAGGUGAAUCAGUCUACUCACCAACAAAUGAGCAUAAAUCAGGUGCUUAGGCCUCCAGAUGACUCCAAGGCAUUGGUAGGCUAUGAUCAUAAUUCUUCUGCACAGCUAGUUGCAGAAACAAAAUCCAAUUCCCAGGAUGAUUCUAUGACUUUCAUGACACGUCUUGGAUAUGACAAGCAAUUCCAAGUCACUUCUCAAGGAAUGGCAGGUGGUUUGUGGCUGUUUUGGAAGUCAAAGUCGACAUUACUGCAGGUUCUUUCUGCAUCACAUCAAGAUAUACAUUGCAUGAUAGGGUCGAGAGCUUCCAAGUGGUUUCUUACACUAGUUUAUAUUCAACCGCAUAGUCUUAUGAAGGAGGAAUUCUGGUCACAUAUGCAAACUAAAGCUACAUCACUUUCAGGUAGCUGGGUUGUUAUGGGGGAUAUGAAUGAUGUCAUCUCUAUGGAAGAAGUUACUCCACGAUCCCACAAUGUUUUCUUAAGAUCUCAGGCAUUUCGAGCAAGGCUAGAUGAUUGUGGUUUGUUCUCCAAAGAUGCUUUAGGAUGUCAUUUUACAUGGGCUAGAAGGCAUAAUGAUAGAACUAUCCUAAGAGAGAGAUUAGAUAGAGCUGUCAUGAAUCUUAAAGCCUUGGAGGAAUUUCCAGCAGCUAAGUUAAUAAAUUUGCCAAGAAUUUGCAGUGAUCACCAUCCCAUUUUAUUAAAUGUACAGCCAAACUCUGUAAUUAGACGUCCACGGGGACCCCCGAGAUUUGAAGCAGCAUGGCUUACUAAGGAUGAGUUUGGAGCGGUGUUUGCAAAUGCUUGGAACUCCAAUAAUGACUCUUUAUUUCAGGCAAUUGAAGAAACAAGGAAGGCAUGUUUUACAUGGGGUAAAGAAAGUUUUGGUGAUAUAUUUAAGCAAAAAAGGCUACUUCGUGCUCGGUUAAUAGGUAUCCAAAACUCUAGGAUCUACCAAUUCUCAUCUUUUUUACAGAAACUAGAGAGUGAGCUAUUAGAAGAAUACCAUAAGAUCCUUUUGGCAGAAGAAUUAUUUUGGUGUCAAAAGUCAAGGGUGGAAUGGAUUCAUUCUGGGGACAGGAAUACCUCUUUUUACCAUACUUCUACCAUUGUUCGAAGGAGCAGAAAUAUGGUUUCAACCUUAAAGAUUGCUGAUACAUGGGUGACUGAUGAUACCCAACUUCGAACACAUGUUCGAUCUUUCUUUCAAGAACUCUUUACAGCAAGGAACACACAACAAAUGGCAAACCCCUAUCUAACUUUCCAGCCACGAAUGGAGGAUGAUGCUCAUGAGUUGGUGUUACAAUCAGCUACUCUUGAUGAGGUGAAGCAAGCCCUCUUUUCCAUGAAGGGUCUAAAGAGCCCUGGACCAGAUGGUUUGCAAGCCAUCUUCCUUCAAAGACAAUGGGAUGUGGUGUCAGGUACCCUGCUUAAUUUUGUGAAUUCAGCUUUGGCUAAUGGUUCUUUUGAGCCUUCACUAUUACAAGCCCAUAUUGUUUUAAUACCAAAGGGAGAUGCACCGGAUGAAAUUCAGAAGUUUAGGCCAAUCACUUUGCUUAAUGUAGCUUACAAAGUUUUAUCCAAAGUUAUAGUGAAUCGAUUGCGACCUUAUUUACAGGAGCUAAUUGGACCUUUUCAAAAUAGCUUUCUUGCUGGCCGUAGUACUACGGAUAAUAUUGUUUUAACACAAGAGGCAGUGCACAGCAUAAGGCGUUUAAAAGGAAGGAAGGGUGCCAGUAUUUUAAAAAUUGACCUGCAUAAAGCCUUUGAUAGUGUUAGUUGGAGCUUUUUAGAGACAACUUUGUUGGACUUUAAUUUACCGACGACGCUAGUUAAGCUCAUCAUGUUCUGUGUAACUUCUGUUAAACUCUCUGUUUUGUGGAAUGGGGAACCUUUGCCUUAUUUUGAACCACAACGGGGACUAAGACAAGGAGAUCCACUAUCUCCUUAUCUUUUCAUUAUAAUAAUGGAGAAGCUAUCCCAUAUGAUCCUAAGUCGAGUCCAAUCUCAUAGUUGGAAACCAAUAAGAAUCGCAAGAGGAGGACUUGCUUUAUCUCAUUUAUUCUUUGCAGAUGACUUGAUGCUGUUCUAUGAAGCGUCUCAUUCUCAAUUAUCAAUGGUGAUGAACUGUUUGCAAGAGUUUGCAAGUUACUCAGGAUUGGAGAUCAACUUGACUAAAUCCAAGUUGUUUGUGUCACCAAAUAUUCAAGAUGCUGUAGCUCGCUCCUUAAGUAAUUCCUGUGGAAUUCCAUUGACUUCAAAUUUGGGAACUUAUUUAGGGGUCCCAAUAAUUCAUGGCAGAAACUCUGCAGCACAGUAUAAAUAUAUUCUUGAAAAAAUUCAACACAAAUUAGUGAACUGGAAACAGAACACACUAAGCUUGGCAGGAAGGAGGAUUUUAAUACAGUCUGUAACAUCGGCUAUUCCGGCCUAUACUAUGCAAACAGUAUUAUUGCCACAAAGCAUCUGUAAUGCAAUUGAUAAAAUUAACAGGAAUUUCCUUUGGGGAACAGAAUCUGGAGAUUCACGGCCUCAUCUUGUUAGUUGGGAUGUGGUAUGCAGAAGUCGGGACCAAGGAGGUCUGGGAUUAAGAGCAGCGAGGGAUAAUAAUAGAGCUUUAAUAGCUAAACUUGGCUGGCGAGUAUUGACAGGGGAUGAAGCCCCUUGGUGUAAAGCCAUGAGACAAAAGUAUCUGCGCUUUUCAAAAUUUCUUACAACAGAAUUGGGAUCAGGAGCUUCGGCAUCUUGGAGGAGUAUUUUAAAAUGUCGUGAUGUGCUGCAAAUUGGAUUACAAUGGCGGGUUGGAUUGGGCAAUUCCAUUAACUUUUGGAAGGAUCAAUGGACUAGUAGUUCCCCUUUAUCAAAAUUUAUCGUCGGUCCUGUUUUCAACGAGUCUUUGACUAUGCCAGUCUCUAGUGUUAUCACUAAUUCCAUGAACUGGAAUCAGGAGCUCCUAGCUACUUUCUUACCAGAGGCACAAUCAGCUUUCCACCAGAUUUUGUUGCAAAAGGAACCAAUACCUUUGCAAGACCAGUGCUGGAAAUGGGUAUGGAAACUGCGCUGUUCUGAGAGAGUUAGGAUGUUUGUUUGGCUCCUUUUGAGAAAUAGAGUUCUCACUAAUGCUGUUCGCUAUGAGCGUCACCUAGCUGCUUCCUCUACAUGUCCUCGUUGUGGGGGGGAAUCUGAAACAGCUUUGCAUCUCUUGAGGGAUUGCCCUUUUGCUAUACAGGUAUGGACCAUGCUAGGUUUGGGAGAUCAUGUUUUUUUUCAACUGAGUUGGCAACAAUGGAUUCGAUGUGGUUCUCAAAAAGUUUCUAAAGUAUGCACUAGAGACAUGUCUUAUGACGUCCUUUUUCUCUCUGCUGUUUGGGAAUUAUGGAAGUGCAGAAACCGACUGGUAUUUAAGGGAGAACACUUGCCAGCGGCUACACUUUGUGAUGCAAUCUGUGCUUAUGCACAAGAUACAUAUAGAGCAAUGGCUUGUAACAUUUUUGUUAAAUCUCAAGCUCCAAGAUGGAUCAGUUGGCAACCACCAGUCCCUCCCUUUUAUAAGCUAAACACAGAUGGGUCUAGAUUGCAGGAGACUGGCCUUGCUAGUGCUGGAGGGGUAGUUCGAGACCAUUUAGGAGCUUUCAUUCAAGGUUUCUCAAUGAAUAUUGGAUUGGGUUCCAUUUUCUUAGCUGAACUAUGGGGAUGCCGAGAGGGGUUAAUUUUAUGUAGAAGUAGAGGACUCAAGCAUUUAGUCGUGGAGAUGGAUUCUUCAUCUGCAGUGCAGGUCAUUAAUGGAUUAAAAAAACAUGACAGCUUAGCGGCAGUUCUUGUAUCAGACAUUAGAAGACUCCGUGUUGAGUUUGAUUCUAUUAUUUUUCAACACACACUCCGUGAGGGGAACUCUACUGCAGAUUUCUUGGCUGGAAUUGGGCAUAACUUACCGGUUGGAACGAUGGUCUAUGAUUCUCCGCCUCCUGGAUUGAAUUUUUUCCUAGAAAGGGAUAUGAUGGGCGUUGCUUUUCUUCGCCAUUAGUUAGUUAAUUUAUUUCCUUUCACAUGUAACAAAAAAAAAAAAUAUCUUUUCUCCACAUAAAAUGAUAUGGUUAUCUAAUAAGAAAAUAUAUAUAUAUAUAUAUAUUAGCCUUGAUUCUUAUAAAUAUUUUCAUAUCAA